AUGGAGCACAUCGACGGAACCGCUAUCAACCAAGACCUCUCCGCUCGGAUGAGGUAUAUGCAAUCCUUCCUGCAAUGGGCCCCAGAAAACGACGGAAAGCUCAUCGAAGCAUGCAAACCCGUCCUAGCUCCCAUCGUCACCAACGUAGUCGAUGCCGUCUAUGAUCAUCUGCUAAAGUACGACAUCACCGCCGCAUCGUUCGCACCGAAACAUUCGCAGGAAGGAGAGACGCAGGAGGCGAACGUACGAGAACUUCACCGGGAUCAUGAAAACAUCAAGUUCCGCAAGGACUUUCUCAAGGGUUACCUUGUCAGGCUGGUCUCGAACCACGACUGGACACCAGAGAGCAAAUUCUGGGAAUAUAUCGACAUGGUUGGCAAAGUCCACACAGGCGUCACCGACUCUGGCCUGAAGCACAGGAAGAACCGGCCAGCACUGUUCGUCGAAUACCGUGAAGUCAAUCUAUUACUGGGCUGGGUCGAGAAUGCUGUAACGGAUAUCGUCAUGGGCGUUGAAGGGCUCGAAGUCCAGACAAAGGUCGACAUCCUGAAGGCUCUGAACAAAUUUUGGUGGAUACAGAACGAUUUGUUUGCGAGGCAUUACCUGCCAGCUCAAGUCUGA